AUGUUUCUCCGAUCAGCUGCUUAUCCCCGAUUUCUUUUGAGCCGUUCUGUGCGGACUUAUGCCAGCACUUAUGUCAAGUAUGUCCCCAGUAAAUCCAGAAGUGCUGCUGGUAAAACCACAUUAAAGUCAGUUGCAUCUUCCACUAAGACAUCCGACACGGAGAUAAGCGAACCAGAAGGUGAUACCGCCGUGUUGAAUCAAGCUGAAGCAGAUGUCUCCUCUUCUAUUGUUUCCUUUAAGGAUUCACCAGUGAUACUAGAAGCCGAAUCCAAAACCUUAGACUGGUCGCUGACCUUUCAUGGUUUAGGAUCCAAACCAUUCCCCUCUGAGAUCGCCGACAUUCUUUUGGCACCCAUUGAUGCCAAUGAUAUUGAAAUCAAACCUGAUGGACUUCUUUAUUUACCUGAAAUUAAAUAUAGACGGAUCUUGAACCGAGCAUUUGGACCGGGGGGAUGGGGGUUAGCCCCGAGAACGGAAUCUUUGAUAACCCCUAAACAGAUUAGUCGAGAAUAUGCUCUUAUUUGUCACGGAAGAUUGGUUAGUGUUGCUAGAGGAGAACAAGACUAUUUCGGAGGAGAUGAGAAGGUGACUACUGCCUUGGAGGGAUGUAAGAGUAAUGCGUUGAUGAGGUGCUGUAAAGAUUUAGGUAUUGCCAGUGAGCUUUGGGAUCCUUCCUUUAUUAGACAGUGGAAACAAAAGUAUUGUGAUGAAGUAUUUGCUGAACAUGUUGUUACCAAGAGGAAGAAGAAGCUUUGGAAGUUAAAGAAGAAUCCUGCGUUGGAUUACCCCUAUAAGAUGACGUAA